AUUUGAAUCGAAUCGGAUCUAUUUCCCACCUGCAUUUGUUUCUAAACUGGAUCCUCUUUUGAAAGUCGCUCUCUCUCUAACCUUAUCGUCACUGGUUCGAUCAUGGCGUCGUCGUUGUCCGUAAUUUUCCCUGCGCUUACUCUCUCGACGACUGCUUCCCUCACGUCCAUCCAAAGCAGACACUUCUUAAGCACCCUUCUCUUCCCAUCCCAUCGAAAUAAGUCUAAACCCCUUGCUCUGGUUGCUUCCAAGAAGAACUUCGGAAUGGUCGAGGGCAUGAAUGAGGAUAUGGACGAUGUGCUAGAUGAUCUAUUUGAGAAGCAUGGGAAAGUGGUGUUUAGAAGCACUGAUCAGAAGCCAGUCAGUAAAGAAGCUAGCGAUGAUGCAGAAAGCUUGUCAUUUGCUGUAGCUUUAGCUAAGGUUGCAAGUGAUGUGAAGGCCUCUGAAAUACGGCUUCUAUUUGUAAAGCCUCUGGUCUACUGGACUCGCUUCUUUAUAAUCGCUACAGCUUUUUCUCGACCUCAAAUUGAUGCUAUCAGCACAAAGAUUAGAGAUGUAGCAGAAAAGCAAUUUAAUAAAGUUGCUUCUGGUGACACAAAAGCCAAUUCAUGGACUUUGCUGGACUUUGGUGAUGUUGUAGUGCACAUUUUUCUCCCUCAACAACGGGAAUUUUACAACCUUGAAGAAUUUUAUGGAAAUGCCACCUCUAUUGAGCUUCCUUUUGAUUCUCAAUCCUCCAGUCGUAGCUAAUGGAGUCUCCAAUGAGUUCUGUCAUAAAUGGAAGGAACAUUAUCCUUGGGCAUGAAAGUUGGAUCUUGAUAAUGCAAGUACUAAAGGCACAGAAAGUUUUUGAUCUAACAUAGACUCUUCGAAAUGGAUCAACUCAAGUGCUGGUGCGGCUUCGAUGCAGCUGGGGUACAACCACUAACAAUUUGCUUUCUUUUUUGUUGAAUCGUUGAUAGAAUCAUAGCUUGCACAUUGUUAAUUAUAAUUUUGUUGUAUGUUGAUAUAUACAUAUAAAUAUAUCCUCACCGUUCUCACA